AUGGCUGGGAAUCGAACCCAGGUCAACUGCUUGGAAGGCAGCUAUGCUCACCACUAUACCACCAUCGCUUCUCAAAAAAGAACGAGUGUCACAUUCCGCAAGGGACCACUUGGAUAUCUCCGUCAGGAUCCAACGGAUGCAGCCAAACUCCUUAAAGACAACCCCUCUCUACAGGACAAGUCUGCACCCGUGAAGGAGGAGCUGGUCAGGAAAAAUGCACUGUCUGUGAUCAUUUUAAGAGGAGGGGAUGCUUCAGAUAAAACUGAGGUGGCUGGAGAAUACAUCCUGCAGUUUGGGAAAUUUAAAGGGAAGUCCUUCCGCUGGCUCCUUGAAAAUGACAUUGGGUAUACCAUCUACCUAAUCAAGAACCAGCAAAAGGAGGAGACUGCAGGAGUGUUCAUGGCAGGGGGGCACAGCAAGGACAGCCUGCUGUCAUUUGUGAGCUAUGCCCUCAGCUUUCAAGAAAUCCAGUCUCUUCUCAAUUAUGAGAAACAAAAGCCAGUUGUGACAGCAGCAGCAGCAGCAUCAGAGGAUGACCAGCUGGUUGGUUUUGGCUCUCGUGCCAAAAGCACCUGGAGAGAGAUUUGGGACAGCAGGGAUGAUGGCUAUGCAGCCUUUAUUAUGAGGAAAAGCUGUGCUCCAGGAACAAAGAUGCACAAACUACAAGUGUACCUGCAGAAGAAGCUGCCCUCCCCCUCUGGCUCCUCUCUGGUGACACAUGCCUCACAGGCCCCUGCUGAAGCCAUGGUGAUGGAUGAAGAUGAAGAGCUGGAGAGAGCGAUGCUGGGUAUCUGUCCUUCCAAGCAACAUGUGCAGAGCUGUGACUGUUUCUGCACCAUCAGCAUCAACUGCCAGACGACAGGCUUCGGGAACAGAAAGAGGUUCUUAACCAAACAAAAACGUCCUGUCGUCGACAGAGACUCUGGGACCAUGAAUUCUUAUCCCAAACCGAAGCAUGACAUAAACCGUUCCUUCUCAUGUUGA